AUGGGUGGUCAUUAUUUCCUGUCACAAAUAUACAAAUGUGCUUAUUCCACAAUAUUUCGCGUUCUAUUGUUUGUCGGAUUUCUCACAUGUUUCUAUUUUAUGAAUAAUAUAAUAGUUGGAAGGCCAACAGUUCUAGUUGUUCAUGUGACUUCCACAACUAGCAACACUUCACAAACGUCAAAAACAACAAUCACUAGCACUGAUGUGGGUAAUAGGACAAUAGAAGCAUUCGUGACGUUUUCAAACAAUAAUCAACCCUAUUUAGCUCUUUUGAACGCGUUGCUUGACUCUGUGCACCUCUUUUCAACAAGACCGAUUAUUGCAUUUGGUAUUGACGUUGAUCUAAUGGUUAAUUUAACAAAAUAUCCACGUGUAAUUAAACGACAAAUAUCACAAAGUAAUUGUGGACCAUCAGUUUAUUUUUGCAAACUUUUGGCCAUUGUCGAAAGCAAUGUUGACUACGGUGUUCUGCUUGAAACAGAUGACGUUGUUAAUUAUAAUGUUGAUAUAUUAUUUGAUGUUUUACACAAAUGGCCAUACGAUCUUCCUCUCUCUCCAAGACAUCCAGAUGAUCCUGGGAAUCAACAGCCGUUUAUGGAGCAAUUUGGUGUUGUAAAGAAGACCACACCUUACAUCCAUGCACAUGUUGCAUGGACGUACAGAGCCUACCCAUUUUUACGUCACGUUCAAAAUCUGACACGUAGUGGACAUUUUCAGGGUGCUAAUUAUGAUGAAACAGCCAUCAAUGUCAUGCUGUGGAAAGCUAAAUCAAACCAUACGCUGUGUAAAUAUGAUCCGUAUGUUACAUAUAUCGAUGAAUAUGAGAAUCCAAGUCCAAAUUGUACCAGAUACUGUAAUACGGCAUUUAUUCUAUUACACGGUUCGAAAGAUCCUAAAUUUUCAUCUGCUGUAUUAAAACGCUUACAAGAAAGAGCUGGACAAGCAGCAAUUCAAACGAAAUAUGGUCUGAGACAUAUGAAUGAGACCAAUGUCACUUGUUGUUAUGAUGAUAGUAAACCAUCACCGAUACAUCCUCUGUUAUGUUUGCAUGAAGAUCAAUGA